AUGGCCAUCGGAGGCGCAAGCAAGAGCAAUCCUGACGUCAUCACCUGUGGUGGGAUCAUCACCUGCCUGGCGCGGGCCGGGCAGUGGCAGCAUGCUCAGAGCAUACUGGAACAGAUGAAGGUUUGGCAGAUUCAGUCCAACUGCAUCACUGCAAAUGGUGUCCUGAGUGCUUGUGGGAAGGGAAGUUCCUGGAUCCAGGCCUUAAGCCAUCUUUUCCGCAUGCCAGGAGAGCAGAUCACUCCAGAUGCCAUUUCUUUCAGUGCUGUGAUUAGCGCAGACCAGAAACCUUGGCCUUACGUGUUGUCCCUACUGGCAAGGCUCAGAUGCUUGUUGGAACCUGAUGUCAUCACCUACAAUGCAGCCAUAUCUGCCUGUCAUCAACCGGGAGGUUGGGCAGUGGCACUCUGCCUGAUGGAAGAGAUGCAGGCACACCACCUAUUGCCUGACCUCUUUACACAUGGGGCUGUUACCACGUCGCUGGAGCGGGAGAGCCGGUGGGACAUGGCGUUGGCACUUGCCAUUGACAUGCGUCGUCGAAGCAUGCAGACAUCACUGUUUGUAAGCAGUGGCUUGAUAUCUGCAUGUGGGCAGGCAUCCCAGUGGACUAUCACCUUAAGCAUUUUGAAGCAAAUGCGUGACGAACUUGCACAAAUCAACGAAAUCUUCUGCGGCGCGGCUGUUCGUGCAUGUGGGCAGGGUGGCCAAUGGCAGUUUGCCUUGGAAUUGUUACAGGAUAUGGCAGAUCAAGACUUAUACCCGAACGAGAUUGUCUACAAUGCCGCCAUCGGUGCCCUUGAGGGAUCUGGGCAAUGGACGACGGCAUUGUCGCUCCUGGAUGAAAUGCAAUUGCGUUCGGUGCAGCCGAAAAAGAUCACAUACAAUACUUUGAUGAUCGUAUUAGGAGACGCGACCCAGUGGCCUCUUGCAUUGAGUCUUUUUCACAUGCUGCCCGAGACGCUUCUGGAUGACCUGUCAUCCUGGUCUGCUGCCAUGCUGUCUUGCGACGCUGGCCUGCAAUGGCAGCUUGCCCUCCAGGUCUUGGCCGCGGCGCCGCUCGAAAAGCACGCAGAUGCAGCAGAAUGGCGAAGAUCCUACGGGAUUUGCAUGGGUGCUUGUGACCACUGCGGUGAGUGGGAAGGGGUUCUGGGUCUGUUGCAGACCCUGCAUGAAGCUGACAUUUCCCCGGAUGCCGCACACUUCAACUUGGCCAUCAGCUCUUGCUGCCAUUGCUGCCGACAGACAAGCUGGAAAAAGGCUUCAGAUCUCCUGGCUAUGGCAGUAGAUCUCCGAGUGGCAUGCAGUAUCACUGCAUGCAACAUGGCUGUUACAGCUUGCAGGGAUACAGCAGCAUGGCAAGCAGCCUUGGCCUGUUUGGCAAGCUUGCCUCAGCACAGAUUGGCGGGCGACUCGACCAUCUACGCUGCCGCCAUGAACACAUUGGGUGAUGUCAGCAGGUGGCAAUUGUCGCUGAGCUUGUUUGAUGAGCUCUUUGCCCAUCAGAAGACACCGGUCUGUGAUGCUGCAUGCGCAGCCAUCUUCGCCUGCGAUCGUGGCAGUCAAUGGGAGACGGCACUUCAAGUUUUCCAGCGUAUGUCAGCUGAAGCCGCAUUUCCAGAAGUGUCCCUCUCCACGCCAGGAAUCAAUGCUUGCCGGUCCGGUAGGACGGGAAGGGUCCAGUUGGUGGCCUGUAGAAAGCAAAUUCUUCAGAUCAUCAGGAUUCAUGUGUAG